AGAAACUGUGCCUGAUUUGUGGCCAAUGCUUUGGGAUGUAAAAAAAAAAAAAAAAAAACCAAAGGGUAGCUAUGGAGAUAGAGCGCUUUCCUGGGUUCUUUCUUUGACAGGUGUUGAGUGUGCGGAAAAGUCUGAAAACACAAGCGAGUAUGUAUGCCAAAGGGAAAGGAUCCACAGUGCCGUCUGACAACCAGGCACGGGAGAAGUUAGCGCUGUACGUGUACGAGUAUUUACUGCAUGUGGGGGCACAGAAAUCUGCACAGACUUUCCUGUCGGAGAUCCGAUGGGAGAAGAAUAUCACGUUGGGCGAGCCACCUGGAUUUUUACACUCCUGGUGGUGUGUAUUCUGGGACCUGUACUGCGCCGCGCCCGACCGACGAGAGACAUGCGAGCAUUCCAGUGAAGCCAAGGCCUUCCACGACUACAGUGCAGCUGCUGCACCCAGCCCUGUGAUGGGCAACAUGCCCCCCAACGAUGGCAUGCCAGGCGGUCCCAUGCCCCCCGGCUUCUUUCAGGUAGGUACCCCUUCUUUUCCAGGCACCCCACCCCACCUCUCUGAAGGUUCCAGUGAUUUUAACUAUGGGGGAGGAAUGAGACCCCCACCCAGCUCGCUAGGGGGCCCCGGCAUGCCUGGGAUGAACAUGGGUCCGGGAGGAAGGGGCCCCUGGCCGAAUCCGAACUCAAACUCGAUAGCAUAUUCCUCGUCGUCUCCGGGGAAUUACGUGGGUCCACCAGGGGGAGGCGGUCCACCAGGCACUCCCAUCAUGCCCAGCCCAGGAGACUCUACAAAUUCCAGUGAAAACAUUUACACAAUGAUGAACCCAAUAGGACCUGGAGGCAGCCGAUCCAACUUCCCCAUGGGCCCUGGUCCAGAUGGUCCGAUGGGAGGGAUGGGCGCAAUGGAGCCGCACCACAUGAACGGAUCGUUAGGGUCUGGGGACAUGGACGGGUUGCCAAAGAAUUCUCCAAACAACAUGGCAGGGAUGAAUAACCCCCCUGGCACUCCGCGAGACGACGGUGAGAUGUCCGGCAACUUCCUGAACCCGUUCCAAAGUGAAAGCUAUUCCCCCAGCAUGACGAUGAGUGUGUGAUUUUUCCCCCACCACCACACCUGCGAGAUCCCCUCCCCCCCUCCCC